ACUGCGAGUUUGACAGGUUUAGAAGUGUGACGUAACUGGAAGACAAACAACAGGUUAUUAACUCAAUUUACUAACGAUGUGCAGGCAUCCCAACUCCGCCAGCCAAAUUUAAAUAACUUCAGGGGGGUUGUUGUCGGCGCACGUCAAGGUCUCCUUAUAACCUUCGUCUCAAUUCAAUUAGAUGGUUUCCCUCUCUUAAACAGCUCCAGUGCUCGUCACGGCAACAACGAGAUGUUAGUAGAUUAUCUGGUCUGGGCUUUGUUCAAGCGCCACUGGCACAUCCUGACCUACUGGAGCGUGUUCUUUAGUUUCGGGCUGUGUAUUGCGUUCCUGGGGCCGAACAUCCUGGACCUGAGGUGUCAGACCCAGUCCACUCUGCAGGAGAUCUUCUUCUUCGCCCAACAGCUCUCUCUCAUGCUGGGGAGCGCCCUGGGAGGAAUCUUCAAGAAGAUGUCCUGCAUUUCUUCAUAGGGCUGGGUGCGUUGGUGAGUCCCCUCGUAGCAGACCCUUUCCUGUCUGAGGGGAGUUGUGUUCUGGGGGGACAUGACAGCCAACUCCUCCACUGACCCCCAUCACCUUCGCAGCUCCCUGGCAGGCAAAGGGACAACCCCAUUGCACAAGAUAUCCCACCACUUCCACCUCCAGACAGAGGGCAUCAUCAUCACCACCAACAUCUCCUACUCAUUCUGGAUCAUGUCUUUUUAUUAAUCUGCCUGUACCUGUAGCAGUGUAUUUGUUGAUGUACCUUGAGCGGCUGUUUCCCUGCUCCAACCAAAGCCCUCGUUUGCUGGACAAGGAGAAAAACUCAGAGAAGAACGAACAGGACCACAACAUCCAGGGUAAGACGCCUCUCACCCAACCCAAGGGUAAGUCUAACAAUACUCCCCUCACACCACCACAGGAUAAGACACCUCUCACCCAACCCAGGGGUAAGUCUAACAAUACUCCCCUCACACCACCACAGGGUAAGACACCUCACACAUUCACCCAACCCAAUGUAAGACCCCCCCCCCCUAAAAUAUCCACAACAGCUGCCAGGGUAGAACCCCAUAGACACUACAGCCCCAACUCCAAACGUCUCACCAACUAAAACAUGGCUAGUGCUUGGCUGGAAUAAAAGCCUGAACACUGUAGCUGUCCAGGGCUGGGGUUGAAGAACCCUGAACUAAACAUGUAAUUCUGUACUGUAAAUCCAGGUCACUGUGGUUUGCUUGGCUGCUGUAACUGGUGAAAUGAAGGAUCGCCCCGCCUCUUACUUCCUCCUCUACAUUCUGGGUGGAGCCGUGCUCUUCAUCACCGAUGGCGUCAUUGUGAGACUGAACUUUGCCACACACACACACACACACACGACUGCUCACUGUCAACCUACUAAUUCCUGUUUGUUUAACCCAGGGUUCCUACACAGGAUUCAUUUACACAUACGCAGUGUCUCCUCCCCUCUCUCAGCCAGCCAUCUUGUGUGGCAAUCUGACCAGUGUGUUCUGGGCAUCUGUCACCGCGGGCAGACUGGCAUCUAUAUAUCUGUCAUACAGAUACACACAACAACGACUAAUCAAUGUCAGCCUGGUACAGACACACUUCUGUUUUUGUAAACUAGUAGUGUGUGAGUGUUGAAGUGAGAAGUGAAACGGCUUUAUAUGACGCGUCUGAGAAAGACAUUAUUGGAGAGAUGAUCAGAUAUUUGAGACUGGUGUAUAUUUUAAAACAGUCAGGUGGAUACAUAGAGGUCGUUAUUGCACACUCGUACAACACACACACAUACAAUGUGAAGAGCACGGAACCCAGUUUGAAUUCAAAUAAAGUCAAACAAGCAUUUAGAGGUAGAUUACACAUGGUAAAUAUUCUGAUGUCCUCCUUACAACUGUAUUUAGAGAGAAGGGCAUGAACAUAUGAUAACCAAAAUAAAUAUCUGUACCGCUCUCCUGCUCUCCUGCCCUUCCCUCUAUUUCAAGUGGGGAUGAUAGUGGUGCAGUGUCUGCUGUUGAUCCUGUACUCCAGCCAUGUGUUCAUCUUCAUGGGGACGUGUGUGUUGGGCCUCUUCAUCAGCAGUGUGUUCCCCUGCAUGGUGGCCCUCACAGAAGAUAUGGUCAACUAUAAAGGUUGUGUCACUACAGUCCUGGUGACCAGUGCUGGUACGGGAGAGAUGGUUCUGCAGCUUCUCACAGGACAGUUGAUCCACAGCAAAGGCAGUUAUAGUUUCCUGUUGGUUAGUAUGAUCUCAUCCUGCAUCGGAUUCACUGUGUUCCUCAACCUACUCUACAUUCAACAGCUACACAGGAGCUCCCAAGCAGCUCUCGUCAACACCCAGAGACAGUCAAGUUCAACCCAAAGACAAUCCCUUCUUACCCAGUAUCCACCCUCAGAUCAAACAUAAACUCAGAUGGUUGAUUCAGAUUUAGCUGACUAUGGAUACUUACAAUAGCCUAUCCACUCAGAAAUCAGCUGUUUGGAGUUAUUUUUGUAUGUUAGAACUGGGAAAUGUUAUGCAGUAGCUGUCUGAAUGACUGUGGCAUUCAUAAACUAGGAGUUGGAGAGUAGAUGUUAACUUUGCUUGUUUGUGUAUUGAUAAAGCAGUGCUUGUUCAUGUCUUUGUCUUUCUAAAUGCUGUCUGACAAUGACACAGUGUAAAGCCAUGAACAGCAUGAGACCAAAGCCUCCUCCAUUGACAUGCUGCUUCUAUAAACUCACGUCAGCUGGUAUCCUGCUGGAUCCUUGACUAAUCCCAGUGUCUUAUAAAGAGCUUUAAUGUAGACAAUGACCCUUGUGACUCAGGUGGAGCAAUGGCAUGAGGAGAAAUGGAGUUGCUAUGUGAGCAAGGUGUGGGUGUUGUUUCCUCACGGGGCCAUCGCUAGAUAAAAAGUGUGCAUUUUUUUGGCGGAACUCCGUCAGGGUCUCAAUUUACUGUUGAGUUAGAUUAGUAGAAUGAAUACACAAGGUGCAAUUUUGAAAUUUGGUUAUGCAUCAGCAGUUUCUCUUAUGUCAGUCACUCAAUUAGCCAACCAAAUCUUGCUUAGGGCCCCCAAAAGGCUAGGGCCGGCCCUGCUACCUCAAACACUUGUGUCACGGGGCCAGCCUUCCAAAUCUCUUGUUGACUUGUGAGAAGCUUAGUCUUCCAGGGCUAAGGAAACACAGACAAGGUGACGAGAUAUUUGUUUUAUUUUAUAGUCUCACGUUAUAAACGUUUCCUACUUCUCAAACAUACACACGGCUGCACCACUCCAAGACAAGUAGCAUGUAAACCUGUAAAAAGCAUGUUGAACUAAAAUAAUUUACAGAUGGUCAGUUUGAAUGACAAAUGGUCAGUUUGAAUGACAAAUGGUCAGUUUGUCAUUUAACCUAUAAAAGGAAGGGGAGGGACAAUGACCCAAAACACACCUCCAGGCUGUGUAAGGGCUAUUUUACCAAGAAGGAGAGUGAUGGAGUGCUGCAUCAGAUGACCCGGCGUCCACAAUCACCUGACCUCAACCCAAUUGAGAUGGUUUUGGAUUAGUUGGACCGUAGAGUGAAAGAAAAGCAGCCAACAAGUGCUCAGCAUAUGUGGGAAAUCCUUCAAGGCUGUUGGAAAAUAAUUCCAGGUGACUACCUCAUGAAGCUGGUUGAGAGACUUCCCUAAUAUUAGAGAAAGGCAGAUUAUCCACUCGUCAGGUAUCCCACUCACCGUUCUCUUACUAAUGAUGGGGAUUUGGGCCUGGUCCAGGAAGAGCAGUACGUCCUUCGCAUCUGCAUCAUUGAAGAAAAAAUCCUUGUC